AUGGGGGAAAACGGCUCGAUCACCGGGAAUCAUUCGUUUACGCCAGAUCCGCGAAAUCAGGACGUACAAACACCGUUGACACCGUCGAAUCUCGUCCACUUCGGCCCUCUGAUCUCGGCAUGCAAGUGCCGAGGCACGGUGGCUUUGGUGCACGUCGAGUGUCUCGAGAGAUGGUUAACUGAGUCCGGUCGCGCGAGAUGUGAACUCUGCGGCCACAGGUACGCGACGAAGAGGGUGCCGCGCUACGGCCUCAUUCGCAGCGUCGUGAUAUGGCUCCACAGCGUGAUAGCCAACCGACAGAUGCUACUCGACGUCGGAUACUUGGCGAUGACCACGCCUGUGGCCGCGUUUUCCUGCUACGUGUGCACCCUGGCCUUGAAAAUACUGCUGCGAAACGGCCUUUAUGAGAUACCGUGGAUGAUAUUCGCCAUGCUGCCAACCUGCUUAUUGACGCUGAUAGCUUAUUGGCGAUGGAUAAUUACGUUAGGGAGAUUGCACGGUCGUCGGUGGAGACGUUACUGGCGGAACAACUUCGCGAUUCGUUUGAUCCCGAACGCGGACGGUAAUAAUACCGAGAGUGCGCAGAACGAAGCAGAUCAUCCGUCAAUCGAGGAUGUUGAUUUCGACCGAUGGAUGUUCGAGGAGAUCGAAGGAAUUCGCGUGACCUUUGAGCCGCUCGACGACCCCGAUUAAUCGCGGCAAUCAUUUCCUAUCUUCGUUCGAAUACGUUCGCCCCCUUCCCCGCCGCCGAUGCUACCCUUAUUACAGCUGUAUUUAAUUGCAUUUUAUCAAGCGAACACUUCAAUUGAAGCCCAUUGUUACGUAACGAGGACGAUUCGCCGCGGCAUUA